AUGUCGAGUCCCCCCAAGAGACGGUGGCUCGCGGUGCUGGCGUUGCUGGUGGCGGCGAGGGCCCCAUCAGCACUGGGUGGCGGCGAGCAGCGCUUCGUCGAGACACCGGCCCAGUACCAGGAGGUCUCGAGCGGCGAGGACGUGAAGCUGCGCUGCCGCGUCCAGGACAAGCGCGGCCAGUGCAUCUGGCAGAAGGACCGGAAACCCGUGGGGGUCCACCCGGACAAGUACGAGUGGGCCGGGACGCGGGACGGCGACUGCACUCUGCUGGUCAAGAGGGCGAGUCUCGACUUUGACGACGGGCUGUGGGAGUGCCAGGUCACGCCCGGGGACUUUACGCGCCAGGACGCUCUCACCUCGCCCCCCGCCAGGCUGCUCGUUAGAGUGAAGCCAAGGAUACCGCAACUGGAGUACGGUGGCGCUACGCUGCAGGGGGCGCUGACUCUGCGCGAGGGACAAGAGGCCACCGUGUCCUGCGUAUCGAGAUACGGCAACCCGCCGGCCCUUUUAAAAUGGUUCAUAGGCAACGACGAGAUCGAACCGAUGCGGGAACAGUCGAACGCAACUGAGCUGGACAACCCGAGAACCUGGGCGGCCCACAGUACGAUCCGCGUUCGCGGCAACCGGGAGAACCACAACAAGCCCAUACGCUGCCUCUCGGUCCACCCGACGAGCUCCCUGCCCGAGGUUGUCGAGUCUCGCUUCGACAUACACUAUUUCCCGGAAGUGAAGCUAGAGACGAGUCCGCGGAUGCUGGUGAACGCCCUGGAGGACAGCUCGAGUUUCGUGAGUCUGCGUUGCGUGGCAGAUUCCAAUCCGGCGGCGAGUAUCAAGUGGUUCAAGGAGUCGUCGCCGAUAAUGGUGUCGAACGGCAACGUCAUGCCGAUCGGUUACAAUCGCACCCAUCAGAUCAACGCGACGAUCGUCGAGUCCGAGGUGCGCUUCGAGCCCAUCAAACGCGAGGACGCCGGCUUGUACAGCUGCAGGGCGGUCAACGUCAUUGGGGAGAGCGCCCCCGCCAACUACAGGCUCGACGUGCAGUACGGUCCCAAGCCCCGGUCGAGCGAGUCCCCCUCGGAUGGGCUGUCGGCGCUGGACGUGGUCGAGGAGCAGACGUCGCUGGGGUCGAACAUCGAGCCGUUCGAGUGCCCGGACUUCGAGGCGAAUCCACCGGCGCAGUACCGGUGGCUGCACAUACGGGGCGGCAACACCGACACCAUCGACAACCGUAACCACGAGCACGCGCUGGACGGUGGGCGGAGGUUGCGCCUCGAGAACGUCGGUUGGGCGGACGAGGGCGAGUACAGGUGCGUGGCUUACAACGUGAUCAACGGGGUGAGGCGAGAGAUGCCGAGCGACAUGAGGUUCGUGUUGCACGUCAUCGGGCCACCCGAGAUACAGGCGAGGCCGUCGGCAGAGACGGAGGACGGAAUGUACGAGUCCAUUGGCUGGACCGGGGAGCCCGUGCACAGGCUCAAGUCAAGGUUUUGCUCGAGACCGCCCCCCAAGAUCGUUGCCUGGCAGUGGGGCAGCUUGCACAUCAGGGCUGGCGAGAGCAUAAGCCCAAAGUACGAGGCUCUGCCCCUGGAGCCAAUAAUCGAGAACAAAGUGGUGACGAAUUGCUACUGGGCGAAGCUGGAGAUCCGCGAUCUGCAGACCGCGGACGCGCGCAUGUACACCCUAGUCGUCGAGAGCGACAAGGGCCGGGACUCGAAGAACCUGAGGCUCGUCGUGCGCGACCACACCGAGAUACGGAUGGUCGCCGCUGCCGGUGCCAUUGGACUCAUCGUACUCAUUUUCCUGGUGCUCGUGGCCAUCUACACCCUGCGCUCGAGGCGCAAGCACAGGGAGUACAGGCGAGAGGACGAGGAGGAGGGCAGCGUCUCGACCACGACCAUCGAAAGGAACAACGGGCAGAUCAAGGCCGCCCUGCACUCAUCGCAACCCCAGCCGCAGCACCAGUCCCAGCAGCAUCAGCUCUCCCAUCAGCAGCAACAGCAGCAGCUCCAUCACCACCAGCAGUACCAACAAAACACCCUCAAGAGCAUCAUGGUCGGCGGUGGUAUAGUCGGGGGCAUAGGCAUGGGCGUUGGCUAUCCCCGCAAGCCCUCGGUCAGCAGUAGCAUAGCCGACGACGGUCUUGCCGUUAUGUACGAUUACGAUCAGAUAGCCUGCAAGUCGCGCCAAACCAUGAGCCCCGAGGCGUUGAAGGUCCGUCGUGCCCCGGCGGUCCUCCAGCCGCCCACGAUCGUCUGAUACCAGGAGGGCAGAUUUGCCGUUUUUUAUGGCGCCGAGCGCCCCGACGAACCCACCCAACUGCCGCCUAGUCCACUUUACGCGGCCACCAUGGAGUUUGCCGAUUGAGCUGAUCAUUACCGCUACGUCUGUCUAUCUACAUACUUAAUCACUCAAUUAAUACGUAUAUACAAUACACAUAUACAUAUAUACGAGUACAUGUAUACUUUGUGUUUGGCGCGCGAGUUUGCGGGAUAAUAUUGUGUCCCGUAGCAGCAGGUAGCAACGACGGUGACGUUUUUUGCGCGACGCAGUAGCACACCCUCGGAUUUUUCCAUCCUUUGAGUUCGUGUCCGUCCCCCAUUCCCCCAACCGCAAUGCGCCCGAAAGGAAAAGGGGGAGAAAAGUCGCGUCUUUAUUUUCUCGCGACGGAAAAAAAGCGAAGACGCCCCUUCCUUGUUUUACCGUUUUUUAUAGCGGCCAGUUCGUUAUUCCCCUACCUCCCCCCCCCCCACGGAUUUGGAGCAAAACUGGGGGCGGGGGGUCUUCUCCCCACGCUUGCAGCGCCCGAAGGGGAGUUUUAUCGCGGCUGAGUUAUGAAGCGCAAUUACGAAGGACGGAUUUUAGAGUCGUCGUCGCUAUAUUUUAAACGAUGCAGGGUGCGCAGCUGCGACGCGCUUGUACAUAUAUUUUUGUACAUACAUACACACGCAUUCCCUAUCUCUCUUUCUCUAAUCUCAUUACGAUGUACCGUAUACUUAUAGAGUUGGACUAUUAUAGGUAUAUGUGAGUACCGAUUUUUGAAGAAAGUUAGCGAAACUUUGAAGAAAAAAAAAAAAAAAACCAUGAAAAGAAGAUUUAACGAGUCUUAAUUGCUCGGGCGAUUAAGACUAUACGUAGAGCUUUGGGAGGAUCUAAUUUUUUUUUUGCUUCUGCGAGCCAACAACUGCCCCUGCGCGGACUGAGAUUUCGCAGCUUAAAGUUAUA